ACGCAGGGUGUCUGCGCGUGACGUCGCGGCGGCUUUCGUCCUGCUCCCGGUCUCGCCCUCGCCGCCCCUCGGCCCGUUCUGGCCUGUGCCCGCCACCCGCUGCCGCCAUGGCGAACGUGGCCGACACGAAGCUGUACGACAUUCUGGGGGUGCCACCCGGGGCCUCCGACAAUGAGCUCAAGAAGGCAUACAGAAAGCUGGCCAAGGAGUACCAUCCCGAUAAGAAUCCAAAUGCAGGAGACAAAUUCAAAGAAAUAAGCUUUGCCUAUGAAGUAUUGUCAAAUCCAGAGAAACGUGAGUUAUAUGAUAGAUAUGGAGAACAGGGUCUUCGAGAAGGUAGUGGUGGAAGCAGUGGAAUGGACGAUAUUUUCUCCCAUAUCUUUGGUGGUGGAUUGUUCAAUUUCAUGGGUGGUCAAAGUAGAAGUCGUAAUGGUAGAAGAAGAGGAGAAGAUAUGAUGCAUCCACUCAAAGUCUCUUUAGAAGAUCUGUAUAAUGGAAAGACAACUAAACUACAACUUAGCAAGAAUGUCCUUUGUAGUGCAUGCAAUGGGCAGGGAGGAAAGGCUGGAGCUGUUCAGAAAUGUAAUGCUUGCCGGGGUAGAGGUGUACGUAUCAUGAUCAGACAGCUGGCUCCUGGAAUGGUUCAGCAGAUGCAGUCUGUGUGCUCUGACUGUAAUGGAGAAGGUGAAGUAAUUAAUGAAAAAGACCGCUGUAAAAAAUGCGAAGGGAAGAAGGUGAUCAAAGAGGUGAAAAUACUUGAAGUCCAUGUAGACAAAGGCAUGAAAAAUGGGCAAAGAAUUACAUUCAGUGGAGAAGCAGAUCAGGCUCCAGGUGUGGAACCAGGCGAUAUUGUCCUCUUACUCCAAGAAAAGGAGAAUGAGAUGUUCCAUCGUGAUGGGAAUGACUUGCAUAUGACGCACAAGAUUGGUCUUGUUGAAGCACUGUGUGGGUUUCAGUUCACAUUUAAGCACCUUGAUGGACGUCAAAUUGUGGUUAAAUAUCCUCCUGGAAAAGUAAUUGAACCAGAUUGUGUUCGUGUAGUCAGAGGUGAAGGAAUGCCACAGUAUCGCAAUCCUUUUGAGAAGGGGGAUCUUUACAUUAGAUUUAAUGUGCAGUUUCCUGAAAAUAACUGGAUUAGCCCAGAAAAGCUUUCAGAACUUGAAGAUCUUCUGCCAGCUAGACCAGAAUUUCCCAAUGUAAUUGGUGAUGCAGAAGAGGUAGAUCUUCAGGAAUUUGAUACCACUCGUGGUUCAGGUGGUGGCCAGAGACGUGAAGCUUAUAAUGAUAGUUCUGAUGAAGAAAGCAGCCAUCAUGGACCUGGGGUACAGUGUGCCCAUCAGUAAACACUUGUCUAAAAAGUUGCACAAGGAUUUUGUUUCAAAUUUUGCCUGACUUGUUUUGAACAAUCCAACUGGAUUGUAUAAGUAAUCCAGAUGAACCAAUGGACAUCUAUUGCUGUAUGUGUAACUUUUAAAUUGGUCUAUAGUAUCUACAGAGUGUAAUUUAAACUAACCACAAGCUUACAUCUUCAUUUUUGACUGUGUAGCAGAAUAAAGCACUUGAAAGGAAGAUGAGACUCCUUUUCACAUGGGUUUUAAGUUUGUCCUCAUACCUGUGCUUUAUUUUUACCAGUUUUGUGUAGAUUUUAAGUUCCAUAUUUUAAAAUCAAAUUCAACAUUGUAAAGUUCGUGUACAAUUUGUCCUGAGGCUUGGUAUUUGGCUGCACCUGCAUAAGCUGCUACAAGUAGAAUAAAGAAUUUCGUAGCCUGUAUCUAUCAUCUAGAUGCAUGGUAAAUGGGCUUUGCACAUAAUGGGUUUAAAGCUGACUGGGAACAAUGGAAGAGGAAAUUAGAAGUGGUUGUAAGUUUUUUCUACCAUCUUGUGAACGGUUUCUGAAAUUAAAUAAAAGCAGUUGGUGUAUAAGAGAUCAUUAUUAUUUUUUUGCCUUAACUCUCACUUUUCCAGUGGCUUAAACUAUUCGGCGUACAAAGAAACUGUGUAGAUGGUAGACGUUUUAUAAACACAGGGAGGCUGAAGCUGCUUUAAGACUAAGGUUGUAGUUAACUAACAAUUGUAUCCCGCAUGUAAAAGUCAUCUCGAAAUGAGAGAUGACUAAAUGGGCAUGGGGAAGUCUACAGCCAUGUCCCUUUUGUAUGAAGAGACCACAGGGAUAUGUGAGUUCUGUUGGAAGAUCAAAACUUUCGAAUGGAGAUGAUUAAAUUGCAGAAUGGCACCUUUCUGUAAGCCCUUUAAAUCCAAUUCAAAGCCUAACUUCCCAGAGAAACGUUUCCAGUUUGUAAAGAGUUUAAGGUUAGUACUGUGCUUGACAAAAUUUUUUUGAUCUGGAAACAUACUAAAUGGAGAUGAUUUUGUUACUUUUCCAGUAGUUGGCACUUUAGCUAUUAAGGCAUUCGGUUUUCCCAGCUUCAGUUCUGGUCCUUUCUGUAUGAUUUGAAUUGGUUAAAAAUACCGUAACAAAAUGAAAAUGUGACCUUACAUAACUAUCAGGUACAGUUAGCUAAAUGUUUUGCUACACCAUCAAGGAACUGUGCAUGAACUUGGGUUGGUAAGCUGCUUCUUUAUAGUAAGGUUUCUUUCCCCUUUGAAGUGAAGUUGUUAAAAGAUGCCUCUACUUUUCUUUACAAAUCCAAAGUGUGAUGUGUUUAAUUAUUGCUCAGAUAGCUGUUGAUACUCUACCAAUGGGGUUGAAGGGACAAACUCCAAGGGUUUCCAUGUGCUUGGGUAGGCAUUGGCAUUUAAGUGUUGCUGAACAUCCUUGCUGUAGAUUAUAAAACUGAAGCAAGAAUAAAUACUGUUUGACGUGUAUUCCACUAUUGAUGUCUUAUGCUGUGGC